CACCUGGCCACACCUCCGGGAUCGCUCAGCAGCUCCGCCUCCUCGCCGCUGAUUGGCCACCGGAACUGUAGCUCAGGAGAGGCACACAGGCGGCCAAUCACCGGCGAGGAGGUGGAGCUUGGAGAGGAGGAGCCGAGCGCGGCAGCGCGCGUACAUCAAAGAAGAUCGAGGGAGCUGCCGGAGCGAGUGAAGAGGAGAGCGGCCAGAGAAGGAAGACAGCUGACAGGUAAGUGAGAGAGCGAGCCCAGGCUGGAGCAGGGAGAGGGAGAGAGAGAG